UUCCAACACUAUGUCUAGCUCACAGGCUAAGCGGUGAGGCAAGUAAAAUGCUAUGUUGGUCUUCCAUGCAGCCUGUUAGAACAAGAGAGACAGUGAACGAUAGAUAUGACAUAGGAGUUGGUUGGUAUGAGUGGGAAUAAGAGAGAAGGUUUGCAGGAAGCCAGAGUGGGGACAUAAUGUACUAAAGUCGAAGUGGGAUCACCACUACAUCAAUGUUCAUGGACAACUACAAGUAUUUUGUGCAUUGGUAGACUUGGCACUAUUAAUUGUAAGAAUGGCGACGCUUCUUGACUUGUCAACACACUGUAAUGAUGUUGCAGAAUGAUGCUAUAUAAAUUUAUUAAAUCAAGGAUAUAACAUAGCUACCCGUGGGAGUGCUGACAUUACUUCAAGUGGAGCGUAAAUGGAACGAGUGACAUCGACAGACAAGGACAACGUCGAGUAAAGAAAAGUAGCUGUAGUGUAAUGAAGACUGAUUACUUAGGAGUUUUUUGGAGCGAAGAAUAAGUGUUUAUUUCAUCAAUCAAUUUUUUCAAUAUUAUUAUAAAUCUAAUGAAAAUUAGUUUUAUAAAGUAACUCAGGGAGGUAUCCAUUGAGUGAGAACAAAGUGUAUUCGAAAUUCACAUCAUUAAGCGAAUACGAUCCAAGUGCCGCAAUUUUGCAGUAUCCGCAUUCAAUCAUUUUUGAAUUUUCCCGGACGUGCAACUAAAUCGUUCGGUCGAGGCUGGUGGUAGUUGCGGCGAGUGACACGGUCGAAAAUUUUAUACAUAUACCUACAGGCAAUAGGGAAUAUAUAAGGACGUUACUGUGUGUGCGUUAACAACGGGACAGAGAAGAGAGGGGAAGUUAAAGCGAGGAGCGUGAGCAAGAAGAGAGAAGAACAAGUGAGCAAGAGAGAGGAAAAUAGCGAAAAAGAGUAGCACUCGAGUAAGAGAGAGAGAAGGAUUGAGAAAGUGAAAGAGGCGGUAUAUCUAGCCGUGCAGUGCUGCCCCCUAUUGGUUAAGUUAUCCCCACUAUUUGAGAAAAGGACGGGACGGGGUCCAAGCGAGGGGCUUGAUCGCACGAUUUUUCCCCACCAGAAACUGAAAUUUCGCAAGCAUUCUGACGGAGUGUAUCGCGCCCCAUGAGUUGUAGCCUGAUAGAGCCUGUAGUGUGAUCAGUGGAGCUUGUAACUGAAUUCAGGAUCAGUUAAAAUUCAGCAUUGUUUAGUGAAUCGAAAGAAAAAGAAGACAGCAAUAAGGCGUUUUUCACAACGCCGUUAUUGGGGAAUAUAACAGUGGCCUAAAGAGCCGUAGGAGAAACCAGUCGAGUCGAGGACGGCCUCGUGAGAGCUCCAAGAACAAACAACGGAAUAUUACAAAGUGUAAACUAACAAUUUUUGUAUUAUUUAUCAUACAUUUUUAAUAAUAAUCAUCAUCCAGUGGAUUAGCCGCGUAUGUACACGCUGUUCGUGCCGUCACCGGCAAAAUCAAGGGAGUUCAAACGAGACAGAGGGUGAAAUAGAAUAUCUCGCGAGACGCGCGCACGGUGAAGAGAGGGAGACUAUUGGAAGGAAGAAGAGGAGGGUUAAUACGGAGUGACAGAGAAGGAAUAUUGCCGUGUUCGCCAUCUGGUGUCCAAACUACUGAUUAUAGUCUUCACAAUGGCUUCCGUGAAAGACACGGCGACUUUCUUCGCCGAGGGUACUGCUUCUCAAUUUGAACACGUACUCAAACUUUAUCCACAGGCCCUCAGAUUAAAAGCCGAUCGAAAAACCAAGAAACCUGAAGAACUUAUUAAAUUGGAUAACUGGUAUCAAAAUGAACUGCCAAAAAGGAUAAAAUCUCGUGGAAAAGAUGCUCAUCUCAAUCAUGAAGAAUUGGUGCAGACAAUGAAAUGGAAACAAACGCGUGGCAAGUUUUACCCUCAACUCUCUUACUUGGUGAAAGUUAACACUCCACGAGCCGUAAUGGCAGAAACGAAGAAAGCUUUCAAAAAGCUGCCAAACUUAGAACAAGCUAUCACAGCUCUCUCGAAUCUCAAAGGUGUUGGAACAACUAUGGCAUCAGCUCUCUUAGCCGCAGCAUCACCGGAAAACGCUCCAUUCAUGGCUGAUGAAUGUCUAAUGGCAAUACCAGAAAUUGAAGGCAUAGAUUACACUACCAAGGAGUACCUAAAUUUUGUUCAACAUAUUCAGAACACUGUUGAAAGGCUUAACAAACAGACUACAAAUGGAAAAUCAUGGAGUCCACAUAGAGUAGAGUUGGCCCUAUGGACUCACUAUGUAGCAUCAGAAUUAAAGCCAGAAUUGUUGGAUGGGAUCCCGGGACUCAUAGAAAAUGGUAAGACUCAUGCACCAACCAAUGGUGAAGCCACCGAACCAUCGGAUGAUAGCAAUCAAGAUGCAGCAGUUGUAAACGGCAAAGAAUCUUCAACAAUUGACCCAGCAGCUAUUGAUGAGAAUAGCACUACCACCUCGUUCACUGAAGAUUCAAUGGAUAAACCAGCAACGCCAAUCACUGCAGUAGUACCAAGUGAAGACACAAAUGAUUCAAUAACCACUAAUGAAAAUGAUGACUGUAGCAAUACACCACGACCGACUGACAGUGAGGAUACAGAAGAUUCGCAAGAUGUUCAGGAACCCCCAACUAAAAAGACGAAAAAGUGACCACAAAGCUGUACUUCUUUAAACCAUGUCCACAGCCUUGUGUUGGCCACCAACAUGACUCCGAUCACAGCGAGACGUUUUUAAAUCGCAGGAGUUACCACCAAUGCAACUAAAUUAGCAAAAAUAACAAAAUAAAUAUAAUAACUAACUGAUCAUCAUUACAACACCUCAGGAAAGUCGUGAAAAAGAACACCAGUUCAAUCUCUGUUUCACAUUUAGUCUCUUUCAUUUUCUCAUCCUACUUUAAGUAGAAAAAAAAAUUAUUUUUCAUCAUGAAUCUUUUGUUAAAACUUAUAUUGAUUGUUUUAAUAAAAGAAAACAAGUAAAUUAAAACGAUAAAAUUGUGCAAAUAAUUUUGAAUGAAUUAUUUUAAGCUUUAUACUGAAAGAUAAUUCGUUUUUCUCAUCGUAUAUUAUGUACACAAUGUAGGAUAAUAUUGUGUAAAGGCCAACUCUUUAAAAAGCGACUUCAGUGGCUUGUGCUCCGUGCCUAUUCUGAGCUCAUAAUUGAUUCAAGAUUAACAGAAAAUAUUGGGUAUACAUAGAUACAUGAAAUACAAUUGUAAAAAAAACCAAUAUCUCAUUUAGUAGUAUUUAUAUUUAUAAAUAAAGAAAAAUAAUGAAAGAAAAAAGAUAUACUUUUGAAGUCUACUCUUUUUGUUGAUAGUAAUCUUUCUUCUUAAAUAUUAAUGAAAGUUUGGCUUUGAAAUAUGUGAUUCUUGCGUGAUCGGAGGAUACGUUGAGAUUUGUUGUAAAUCGAAGCACGAACAAAUAAUAAUGCGUAAUAUAAUAUUUAUUGUUAAUUUUUGUUUCAAUGAUCCAGCUGACGAGCUUAAUAAUAGUUUUCAUUAUUAUUUCAUUUUAUUUCUUAAGAAAGCAACAGAUCAAUGCGCCCUUUAUUAUCUUCACUACCCAAUAUAUAUUUAAAGUCAAUGCAAUUUUAGAAAGAAUGGAAAAAUUUACAAUAAAGAGUUGUCGUAAAGAUAAGUGUCAGUGAGAAAACUUGACAAAUUUUUUGAUGAAUUAAAAAAAAAAACUUUUACUUUCAGUAAGUUAUUCUAAUCAAUUGGUUUUUGCUAUGAAUUAUUCUUUAUUAGCAAUGUCUCAUUAAUAAUCAUUUUUAAUUGUAAAUUCCAUCUUUUCCCUAUAUUGGUGGUUAAUGAAUUUCUUUUGGUGUAAAUUUGAUAAUAUAGUGUGAUGUACCUUACAACAUGAAUUAAAAAAUUGCAAUAGAAUGUACGCGAAACAGAUAUAAAUCCGUAUGUAGCUAUAUGAAUAUAGAAAGUAAACACAAAAAAAAUGAUUUUCAUGAUUAAGACAUUACACUAGAGUGUUAUGAUAAUGACAAUGAUGCUGUUAGUUAACAAUAAAGAUAAAUAAUUAUAAUAACUUGUAUUAAUAACAAUGGUAAUAAUAAUAAUAAUGAUAAUGAAGAUGAUAAUAAUUUAUAUAUAUAUAGAUAUAUAUAUAUACAUAGAUAUAUAUUACAAAAAAUUACAUGUUUAAUGAGUGACAUACAAAGCAAACCAAAAAUUUGCAAAUAUCCUCUUAAUAAAACAAUAACAACUAAUCAUGUAACCCUUGAAAUCUAUCGAUGGAAAAGAAAUGCAAGAAAAAAGAUUGUGGUCUUGUAAAAGAAAUAAUUACGUCGAGAUUUCUUUGUACAGGAAUAUUACUAAUAUUUUUGCAUCAGAAUUAAACAAGAAAAAUAAUAAAUCAUAAAAGACAUUACACACAGAAAUAGAAUAUUGGUGAAAAAAACUCAGCAAGAAUAGAUGAAGAGAACGUUAAAAGAAUGAUAGUAAUAUGAAAGUGUUGGAUGUAUGUAUUUUGAAUUUAUCUGAAUAACUGAACGAAUGAUUUGUGAUUAGUGAAUAGUUAUGUGAAUUAAUGCUGAUAAAAAAUUCAGUAAAUAUUAAAAUAAGCUUCGCUCGUAAUUAUUAAUCAUUAACACUUUUUAAUCAAUUAUGAUAUCGAUAAGUAAUUAAUUAAUGAUAGUGCGAAUAUUUCGUUAUUUUAAAUAUGUUUUUGCAUCUUAUAUAGAAUGUAAUUAGAAUGAUGAAAAUAAAAAUUAUAAAAAAUCUAAUCUUACAUUUAGAAGCAAACAAUUUUCUAUGUAAUUAUAACACUUAUUACUAUUUCUCUUCUUUUUCUUAUUUAAUAUCAUUCUCGAUAUUGACUAAAUAUAAUCAAGUGUUCAAUUAAUAUGCUGGCAUUUUAUUUUUUUCUUUUAGUCACUUUUCAUUAAUUCAAUGAAUGCCAAGUAUAAUAGUAGUUUAUUAUCACGACGAAUGAUAAUAAUUAUCAUUUUCGUUGUUUCAUGCUGAUACUUAAAUGAUUGUCUACUUGAAACUUUUAAUCAUAUCAUCAUUUAUUUUUUUCAUUAAUCUCAAUCUUGAGAAGUGUUUAUUUUCGUGGGGGUCCUAGGCGCAAACAUUCCAUAUUAUUUCAAGUUAUUUGAAAUAACAAUAAUCUACAUGUCAUACUACAUAAAAUCAUUAAAUAAAAAUGAUUAUUAUUAUUAUUAUUAUCAUUAUUAUUCUUUAUAUUAUUAUUAUACAUUAAUGAAUACAAUUAUGAUUGACUGUAUAGUUUCAAAUGAUUGUGCAUAAAUAGGGGCGCAUUAUAAUGUAGAUUAUAAAUUAUCAUUAGUAAAAAUAUUUUCA